CACAAUGGCCACCACCACAAUGACCAUGGAUUACACUCAGGCUGAAAUAGAUCUCUGCAAUCUCUUGCAUACUAUGAACAUCGCCGCGAAUACGUGGGUACAGGGAAACGCGCCCGACGCGGGAUCGCAGGUCCUGCAUCUGGUCGGCGGCGCAAGCCAAGAUCCCAGCCUAUCUCAAAGCAACUACCCUCCCACCAUCUACCCGCACUUCGAGGGAUCCUCAAACGGCAUGCCCAUCGAAGAGCACGCACAGGAAGCGCAGAUUCCGCACAGCGGAUGUGCGUUCCUGCAGUCGAUGCGGUCCUCGCUGGACAGCGACACGUAUGGGACCACGUCCGGCGAGUACCUCGAGGCGAUCUUCACUCAUCGCGAGGUGUUCGCGGCCCACCCGCGCGGACACGCCGGGUGCGCGAGGGGGUUCGAGGAGCUCGCACAGUGUCUCGAGGGACGGGGCUGGCGCGCGGACCGGGAGAAGGACGGAGAGGCUGCGGCGGCGUUUAGACAUGAAGCUAGGACGCUUGCGGCGUGCGCUGGAGGUGGGCGCAGGGCCAGGGACUUGAUGGAUUGCGUCUUCUAGGUGACUUUUGUUUUGAGGGACGCUGGACGUUUUUCGCGCACGACUUCCUGGUAUAAUAGAGCUAUAUUGGCGUAUACGGCUAAUACACUGGCAAGACGUUGGAACACAGCGAGCAACC